CAGGAGUUAAAGUUCCUUCAGUCGGACAGUUGACAGAAGCAACUGUGUAAAAGCUGUUCAUUGACGACAAAAGGCAAGAGUCCUGCCUCCGUCGACAGCUCAACCAAUCCCAGCGUGUGGAGCAGACGAGCCUUCAGCAGCCUUCCCCAAAUCUACUCUUAAAGCCCACAAGACAAGAUCGUGUGACAGCAGCGUAAUACUACAGAGAGGAGAGCAUGAUCUGCCAUGAGACACUUCAUGUCUCAAGGGCACAUUUAACGGCUAAUGAAGCAUUCUUCAGCAAAGAGAAACGGAUCGUACUAGAACUUUAAACAGCGAGGAUUAAUGCGCGUGAUUUAGAGAGACAGAGAAAAACCGGAAUCAUUAAUAGCAGGGAACUGUACAAGUGGCCGCCGUGCUACGGACAGGCAGUAGCCAGGAAUGGUGGAUCACUUGCUGCUUGAUGCAGAGACUUUCUUUCCUUACACUUUUUUGCUGCCAGCCCACAACCCAUCGGAUAUGGUGACAGACGAGGGGGUGUACCAUAUGCUUCCAUCUCCAUUCUCAGAGGAUAACCUGAGUGACUCAUCUAGCCCACGUUCCUGUUCCAGCCCUGAGUCUCAGGUGUUGGGCUCUAGUUGUGGGAGUAACUCAAGUGGAGAAAGCCAAGAUGGCCUCCUUGACUUCCUUCACUCUCAGUCCCUGACUUUGAGCCAAAACUCACUCUCUUCUAGCACGGUAUCUGCCAUGGUCCCUCCUGUCCUUCCCAUGGGUCUGGCUUGGGAGUCACGACGGGACCGCACCACCAAAGAGGAGUGCUUCGAGUUCCCUGUUUUCCCUGGAGAUUUGGAGGACCAUGCGGGGCUACUGUUUCAGCCCACUCUGGAGGAGAUCGAAGAGUUCCUGGAGGAGAACAUGGAAGUGGUGGCCUUAAAGGAGGAAGCCGGUGAGGGUCUAGUCACCUGUACGAGCAUCCAAGGAGCUGCAUCAGAACCUUGGGCUCAAAGCUCAGACCAAACAGUGCCUGUUUCAAGUGACAUAGUCAAUGCCAUUUCUGAUCCAAAAAGUGGACAAUCCACAGUAGGGGCCUCCACAAAUCCUCAAAGCUCGCUGAAAAAGGAGGACUCUUCUGGGAAGGUUGUGGUGGUGGAGAAUCCUAGCAUGCCUGUGAUCCUACAGCUCCAGCCCAUUCAAGUGAAACAGGAAUUGAGCCCUAAAACAGCCCCCUCGCCACCAACACCACAACCUGCCUCAGACAUCAAAAUAACCCAGCUCCUUGUCAACAUCCAGGGUCAAACUUUUGCCCUGGUACCUCAGGUGAUCCCACAAGCCAGCCUUAACAGCUCUUCCUCCAAAUUUGUCCGUAUUGCCCCUGUUCCCAUUGCCGCUAAGCCCUUAGGUCUUGGGGAGAAUGGAACAGGUGAUGGCCAGGGCUCAGGGCUUGUAGUUGGGGGUCACAAAUUCCAAAAGAGCUCAGUAGCUGAUCUUAUAAAAAUGCACAAGUGUACUUUUCCUGGCUGUGCCAAGAUGUACACCAAGAGCAGCCACCUGAAGGCCCACCUGAGGAGACACACAGGCGAGAAACCAUUUGCCUGCACUUGGCCUGGCUGUGGCUGGAGAUUCUCCCGGUCGGACGAGCUGUCACGGCAUCGUCGGUCUCACUCUGGAGUUAAGCCCUACCAGUGCCCCGUCUGCGAGAAGAAAUUUGCCCGCAGCGAUCACCUGUCCAAACACAUCAAAGUCCAUCGCUUUCCACGAAGCAGCAGGACAGCGCGCACUGCACACUGACCCCACACAACCCCCCGCCAUGGAGAGAGAUAGAGAUAGAAACGGACGAACAAAAGAAAGAGAGAGAGAGAGAGAGAAGGACAGAAUAAUUUGUGGUACUGUGAUAAUUUAUUACGUGAGGCUCAGAUGAACUGAAGAAGAGUUUGUUCUGAAACUGUUACUUGACUUGUCGGCCUCACAGAUGUUGUAAGCUUCGUAGAUUGUAUUUUUGUAGUGUUCAUGAUUGUUUUCUAUGUUCCAAGAACAAAUUUUUUUGCAACAUGUAACGUUCAAAGUAUUUUUUGUUGUACUUUGAGGUAUGAAUUGUUGAUGUAUCUGCCAGUCAUCAACAUUCCUUGUUCAGUAUCAUGAUAAAGUCACUUCUUUUGCCAAUGCAACGUGUUUAGCUCCUCUAAACCAAAAAAAAAAUAAUAAUAAUAAUAAAACUCGGGUUCAUUUGAACUACUGAUCGGUAGGACUGUGCCAUUAUAAGCUACUGGCAAACAAGGAGGCAAACAACAUCCUCUUGACUUUUAGUUGUAUACUGUGAAAUGCCUCUCGGACAGACCAUAGAGCGAAUCAAUGGAAGUCAAAACACGCACAUUUGUCGUAUGUGAAUUGGCCUUUUGAUCAGUAUUGAAUUUCUUUCCCUGAUGUUGUUCAAUACAUAACCUUUCUUCAUUUCAUUCUUCAUUCUUGUCAUUUCAUUGGUUGCUUUCAUUAAAAAAAAAAAAAGGCCUUCCAGGCCUUUCUCUAAUCUAAAUGUUUGCAGCUGGGGCCAAGGCAUUUGUGGUUAAGUGCUUGCGGUUAGAAAAUAUUUUCGACAGCAAUGCAACACAUUUCAUAUCUGAGAAAUCCGAUGAUCCAAGCGAGUCAGUUGAUAGCUAAGCUAGGUCAAAACAGACGUAUCAGCCCUUUCUAACCUGCCUCAAACAGUACUUUUGACCUGGGACUACUUCACGAUCUGCCAAUAUGUCUCUGCGAGACAAGCUUGAAUGACAGAAACUGGAAUUGCAAGGUGCUAACCCGCCUCAACCGCAAGCUCCCGCACAGGGGACACUUGCAGGUCAAAUCCUCAUGCUUGGGAAAUGUAGUCUGGAACUCAUCUGGAGUUCAAACAGGACAUUCUUCAUGGGAACUGUAGUCAUGGACACAGCUUGACUACUGAUAGGGCAUGCUGACCAUGUGUUCGCUAAAGAAUGCGUGUAAUAUCCAGUGGGGGUGCUGAUAGUUAGUGCUAACAUUUAACGAAAUUAUACCGUGUUGUAUAAUUGGAUUUUUAGGAGAGCUUCGGAUCAACCUUGGCAAUGCUAUCUGUUCUAUGCAAUCUGUUUUUGCCAAAACAAUAGCCCGAAUGGAAAAACUACAAAGUUACCCAGAGUGCCUCAGGUGAUGAAUCAACUUGUUGCUCUUUGUGCUGCGCCAACAUGCACAACAGCCAGCGGCACCUAUAGAUCAUCCACGUGCAUAUAUAUAUAUAUAUAUAUAUAUAUAUAUAUAUAUAUAUAUAUAUAUAUAUACACGUAUAGUGUGAUGACAGGAACUCUAGAGUUUAAAGAACCAAUCUUCUCUUCUGGUUCUCUACUUGCGCUCUGAUUUGACUGUGGUUUAGAGGAACACGUAGAAAUGAUUAUAGUUUCGUUUUGCUGCUCUGCUUAUAAUAUUUAGCAACUGUUGUGGUCAGGAAAUCUGAUCUCAGAUCAGAUAUCACAUAGCAGAACGAAACUAGAACCACUCAGACCUCUCGCAAACCAGAAGAUUCCUCUAGGAAUGAAGGAAACACAUUUGUCUACAUACAGUAUAUGAAUGUUUUGCUGCUGUUUGUGCCUGUUUUAAUAUACAAACCAGUGCCAAACAUGUUUUUGUUGAAACCAUGCAAAGAGUCCGUGAUUGGUUCCAUUGUUCACUCGCUUAAAUCACAGUAAAAUUACGUCAGACACCCAG